CACUGUUCUAUUAGAUAGACAUGAGUCGUGUAACUGUUCUGGCUAGAAGCCAACAGAACUAGAUGAGAAGAUGGCCAGUAGCAGACAAACUGCUAACAGAAACCCCAAACAGGACAUUUUUGUGCCGCUUUCCUCGCUGGAGACAGCCUUUGGGCUGUGAAUUGACAGAAAUCUGAUGCUGAGCUUGCAGAAUUUUUUCUAGACUGCAGCCAGGAUAGGCUGCAUGCUGAUUUUACUUCAAGCCAGUAGAUGGCGCCAUGUUCGCGGCGCGACACAAGGACAAACUCCGGCAAGCAGAGAUGGAGGACUCAUCGACUGCUCCACGAUCCUUCAGCCAGCGCUGUGCAGGUUUUUCAGCUGCCUGAUGGCCAAUUUCUGUUCCCUAUUGAAUACUUGAUGCCCGUGCACGACGCCCGCCCCGCUGCAGCCACCCCGAGCCCCUGCUGCUCACAGAAAAGGAAGCGUGUAAAUGACGAGCUGCCGUAUAUAAAGAAGCCACCCAACGCCUUCUUGCUCUUCUUGAAGGAGCAGAGGGCGGCUGUGGUGGCUGAGCUCGGCAUCACCGGGAGCGCGGCCGUGAACACCGUCUUGGGGGAGAGAUGGAGGUCCUUGUCUUCUGAGCAGCAGGCAAAGUAUUUUCAGGAGGCCAAUCAGUUGAGGCGGCAGCACGAGCAACAAUACCCCCACUGGUCCAGCAUGGACAACUAUGUACGUACGCUGUGCUCAGGGCCAGAGGAGGAAGAGGAGGCGCCAGAGGAGCACAGCUCCCAGCAACUCUGGAGCUUCCUCUUCUCAGCCCGAGAUGGUGUGGACCAACCACCUGCAGAGCAGCCACCACCCGCCUCCACCUGUAGCCACGACCAACGGCUUAACACCAGCCUCCUGCCUCCGCCUGUAGCCACCACCAUCGGCUAUACACCGGCCUCCACCAGCAGCCACCACCAUCAGCUGAACACCUGCCUCCACCUGUAG